ACAGACAAGUGGAGACCCUCCAGAAGCACAGCCACCACUCAUUUGAAUCAACCAAAGCAAGCAGCCAAAUCCACUCUCAACCUCCUUUCCACCCCAGUGAACAAGCAACAAAAGUGAUGCACACUCCUCUAUUCUUCCUCCACCACCUACUCUCCUUUCUCCCCUUUGGCUACAAUAUUCUUCCAUGACCAAGAAUCUACAUGAAUAAUUCCAUAUCCAUAUCUCUUCUCUUCGCUCUCUUUGCCAUCUACUCCUAGACAUGACUCUCUUUUAUACCUUAUCAUCUUCUACAAGGAACAUUAUCUCACCAGAAACUCAUGUCCUUCAUAAUUCUCACUUCUAUCUACCAAGAAACCGUUCUUCUUUCUUUUCCAAUGAAACCACCCUCUUCAAGAGAGAAACCCUUCCAUUCAAGCCUCAGCAGCAACAACCAAACAGGAGUUUUCCUCCCAUCUUGAGACUUAACAACUCUAAACUCGCACACCCUUUUGCCAGUAUAUCCUCUUACGCUGAAGCUGGAGGUGAGGAAGAGAAAAACGAAGGAGUUCAAAUCGAGGAACAUCAAGAAACGGUAAGAAAGAAGGAAAAUGACUCUCCUGGAAUGGCUCAGGCCUUCGAUAUAUCCUCAAGAACAGCCACUGCUAUAUCAAUAUUGAUAGCAUUUGCUGCUCUCAGUCUUCCCUUAUUUAUGAAGACUUUGGGACAGGGCUUGGACUUGAAGACCAAAUUCCUCUCAUAUGUGACCCUGCUAUUUGGAUUCUAUAUGGCUUGGAACAUAGGUGCCAAUGAUGUGGCUAAUGCCAUGGGGACUUCUGUGGGGUCUGGGGCCUUAACAAUCCGGCAGGCGGUGUUAACUGCAGCUGUUUUGGAGUUCUCAGGAGCGCUGUUGACGGGUACCCAUGUGACCGGUACAAUGCAGAAGGGAAUUCUUGUUGCUAAUGUGUUUCAGGGAAAGGAUACCCUGCUCUUUGCUGGAUUGCUCUCUUCGUUGGCUGCUGCUGGUACUUGGUUGCAGGUUGCUUCAUAUUAUGGUUGGCCUGUCUCUACCACACACUGUAUAGUAGGAUCAAUGGUAGGAUUUGGUCUUGUCUAUGGGGGGCCUGGUGCUGUCUUCUGGAGUUCUUUGGCAAGGGUAACUUCAUCGUGGGUGAUCUCACCAUUAAUGGGGGCAAUGGUUUCAUUUCUUGUCUACAAAUUCAUCCGCAGGUUUGUAUACAGCGCCCCAAAUCCAGGACUAGCUGCAGCUGCAUCCGCUCCAAUUGCUGUCUUUCUGGGUGUAACUGGAAUCUCUUUUGCAGCCUUUCCUCUAAGCAAGGUCUUUCCUUUAGCUCUGGCACAGGCUCUAGCCAGUGGUGCAGUUGGUGCUUUCCUAGUUGACCGAAUUAUACGGAAACAGCUUGGUCAUCUCCUGGUGAAAGCUAGUUCGUCACAACCUGAGCCAAAAGAGAAUGCUAUACACAGCAAAAAUAUUGGGUUACUCUCUGAUUUUGCAGGACCAAAGGGUACCCAGUUGGAAAUAGUUUAUGGAGUUUUUGGAUACAUGCAGAUCCUCUCAGCAUGCUUCAUGUCAUUUGCACACGGGGGAAAUGAUGUUUCCAAUGCGAUAGGUCCUUUGGCUGCUGCAUUAUCUAUUCUGCACGGCAGUGCCGGUGGAACAGAGAUUGUUAUUCCGAUGGAUGUUCUAGCAUGGGGAGGAUUUGGCAUCGUUGCAGGGCUAAUGAUGUGGGGAUACAGAGUGAUGGCAACAAUUGGGAAGAAGAUAACUGAACUUACACCAACUAGAGGAUUUGCAGCUGAGUUUGCUGCAGCUUCUGUGGUUCUAGUGGCAUCAAAGCUGGGACUGCCCAUAUCGGCAACGCAUACCUUGGUGGGUGCAGUGAUGGGUGUAGGUUUUGCAAGGGGUCUGAACAGUGUUAGAGCAGAAACCGUGAGAGAGAUUGUUGUUUCAUGGGCUGUGACAAUUCCAGUUGGUGCUAUCUUUGCAGUUUUCUACACAUGGAUUUUGACCAAGCUUUUGUCUUACAUUUUGUGAGAGUAAAUUUACAAGAAUCCAAAUGAAAAUCUUGAUGUAUGUGAUUAAUCAAGAUCACUCCUCUCUCAAAAGAAUUUGUGGUAUUGGUGUGUUUUUGAGCUAUGUGAUUUCCUUUAAGAAGUCGCAGUUUUUUAUGGAAAUGAGAAAACAAAAUGAAUUUUUUUUUUU